AUGUGUGAGUUUAAAGCAGUGGUUCCCAAAGUGGGGGGCGCGCCCCCUAGGAGGAGUGCAUGUAACUCAGACCUGGGGGGGGGGGGGGUUAACUCAGGCAGGAAUUGGACAGCUAAGCAAAUCAGAGGUUCAAAGAGAGUCAAGAUGGAAGUCAAAUCCACUCAAACAGAAGCAGCUGAUGGGUUAAUAGAUGGCAUGUCCAAAGAAGCAUAUGAGCUCAUGGUCAAAGAAACUCCAACUUCCACCUACUGGAAAGAGGUAGCAGAGGAGCAACAGAAAGCACUGUACAAUGUUCUACAGGAGAAUGAGAAGCUCCACAAAAGCAUAGACGACAGAGAUGAGCAGAUAACGAAGCUUCAGAGUGAAAAUGAAGAGCUGCAGGAGCUUGCUCAACAUGUCCAGUACAUGGCUGACAUGACUGAGAGACUGACUGGGAAAUCUCCUGACAAUCUGGAUGAGCUCAGAGGAAUUGCCCUUGAUGAAGAUGAGGCUGAACAUGAAGACUACGACGACUUGGCAGAUCAGAGUGAAAACGAUCCAGACUACAGUCACGGCUCUGCAGAAGAGCUAUCAGAUGAUGAAGAACCAGGACCCUCAGGACUCCAGAACUAA